AUGACCUCGUUGAGCGACGCCCUGCCCGCCGGCGGCGGCGGUGGAGGCGGCGGCGGUGGUGGCAGCAGUGGAGGAUGGGGGUUGACACCACAAUCUAUGCAAAAUGAAGAAGAACGUCGGUUUCGACAAGAGAUGCGCGUGCGCGACAUAUCCAUCAUUUCAACGAGCAUGCGAUCCCUUCCGAGCCCCCACGUCGUUUAUGAAAUUGCUGUGGCGACGGCCUCAGAACAGUGGACCCUGGUUCGCCGCUUCAGCCAGUUUAAUGAGCUGCACCAGCAGCUCCUCCGCCUCAAACUCGUCAAGAAGAGCCUCUUGCCAGCCAAGCGUCUCACGGGAGGUCUUUCGGCCAGUGUGGUGCUCGCGCGCCGAGAAUCCUUGCAAGCCUAUCUUCAACGCCUGAUCCACGGCCAUGAAGACCUAGCGUUUGCCGUACCCCUACUCAAGUUUCUCGAAGUGUAUCAGCAUGAUGUUGUGGCCGUGGCCGCCAAGCUCUCUGCACAUUUUCGCCGACACUCCCACGAGCUUUUGCAGCAACAGACACCCUUUCGCCUCACACCCAAUCAGUGUCGCUGUGCUGCCCGACGACGCCUGCUGCCCAUGGAUGCGGUUGUGCCCAAGAGCCGCAUGACGAGCGACCCCAGCACGUAUGGAAACCCAGACGAUUUGCCCUUCCUGUAUGAGUUUCUUCAAAAGGUCAAGCACGUCUGCAUCCAUCCUCGUCGCGAUCCGAGCAUAGGCCCAAAGGAUGUUCAACCCAUCGAUAGUACGCUCAUCGACCUUUCCAUCUUUGGGUCCCUGCACAUCCUGGAGCUUUCGCACCACCUCGGCAGUAAGCUGCGUGGCUUGAGCGCCGUGCACAGCAAUCUUGAGGCUCUUCGCUGCAUCCACGCCAAACUAUCAAACAUGCGGCAACUGUUGCGCGAUCCCAUUGCAACACGACACAAGGAUCCCAGCACAGCCAACUCCAGGAUAUCCGGUGUCGACCCCCACUGUCUAGAGCUCACGCUCGGUCUUCGAGUUCUCGAUCUUUCCAGUAAUCAGAUUGAAAACCUCAAUCAUUGGCUGUACAAGGGGCUUGUAUUGGAGCAUUUGACCCGGCUCAAUCUUUCCAACAACAUCAUCACCAGCAUGAUUGCACCAACCAUCGGGGAUGAAGAGGUGGCUUCUUUCCCCUCGGCAAAAUCGGUAGCCGGACGCAGUGCAGCAGAAAGUCCCAGGCGAGCCACAGGUGGCAGCAAUGCCAGCAGUGCCGCAGUGGCCGCCCGGGAAACGGUGCGCCAGCAGCUUCGUCUCCAACGUCAACCGAGCAGUGUUGACGAUGCAGCUAUUGCCCCCCCCGUCAUUAUGCCGACCCCCGCAAACACCGCGCCUCCAAGCUACGAUGCUCCCCAUUUGAUUUCCACCCACAAUCCCGAUGCACCCUUGGACGAGCUGCAGCGACAACGUGCUGAGCGUUUGCGCCAGCAAGCACCCACCGAGCCCGCCGCGCUUGGCACCUCUCCUGCAUACUCACCCCCCUCUUCAACCCGUUCCAGCCCCGCGCGGGCCCCCCAGUCUCGCCAAAUCCAUGUCUCAACGGCCUCAUCGGCACUGAGUGAACUGGCUGCAGCACGCACGGCGCAGCCUCGCCGCAUUUCAUCCAAACGCGUCAUUGCCAAUUACCACGAGACUCCAGUAGAGGACACUGCGGAGCAGCUGGAUUCUUUGCUCCUUGACACGUCCACGUCCUCAAGCCAGCGACUUGUCGCAGCCGACGAUGAUUCAGAUGACUUUUUGGCCGACAGCAGCGAUGAGGAGGUUUCAGGAUCGUUGAUCAUGACCGAGGCCGUACAACAGGUCGUGGCAGCCUCGGCUGCGUUGGCGCGUCAAGAACAGCAAGACCGACGUUUGGAGCACACUAGUGGCAAUUCUUCAUCAAGCCUACGCACCAGCUCGGCAGAAGCUACAGGCCAAAGCCCUGGCCGUACGUCGGGCGGUCAAGUGGACGCCAUGCUGCACAGUGCAUCCUUGAACCGACGCCGUGCGGACUCACUCGUGUCCUCAAACUCGAGCGUGACAACUUCGAGGGGUGACGUGGCCAUGCCUGCGCGUCCCAACUACUACAAUGGUCGUCGUGCGAGCAUCACCAGCGAAGCCAGCAGUGCUUGGAUGCCUCCGCGCUCCGCGUCACAUUUUUCUGUGGUGGCGCCCAACCUUGUUGAGCUGUGCUUGGCUCACAAUUUCCUAUCCUCCCUCAAAGGCUUGGAGCGUCUGGGGAAUCUGCAGAAGCUGGAUGUGCGCCAUAAUCGCCUGGCCUCGGAGUCCGCAUGUGCUGCUCUGAUUAACUUGCCGCUGCUGAGAUCCUUGUUGCUAGAGGGCAAUCCUUUGGCGCAACAAAAGGAAUAUCGCACGCGCAUCAUGGCACGCAUGCCAGAACGUCGCCUGACCAUUGAUGGGAAGCAUCUAUAA